AUGUACAUCUGCCUCUUGCCCAGGUUGUCUCAAGACGAGCUGUCGUGCUACCGAGACUGCGAGUGCCCCGAAGGUUCGGAUCAGGAUACAGGUUUGUCAGUUGACGCCUGCGAGUGCAAGUACACCGUGGGGUGCGAGGAGCCCAUGACGAUCGUCGUGGAGAAUGGCGAGCGCUGGUGCCACUUCGACGGAGUGGCCCCUCGCGACGAGGAGAUCGUGAAGGAGGCUCCCGUCACCUACCUCUGUCCCGACGGCGCCACGUACAACCGCCAAGACGGGAAGUGCGAGCUGCAGCUAAACAAGUGCCCCCCGAUCGUGUCGAUCCAUCUUGACCAGAAGGCCAUGGCUUGCGGGCCCAAGACCGACGAGUACAUCACGCACAUGUUCAACCACAUCUACCACGAGGCCAUCCUCGCGGCGAGCGCGGGCUUCACGAGCAAGCUGUUCACGACCUGCUCCGUCGGCUGCAUAUCCACCUACUCGAAGUUCUCGGAGUGCGCGUGGCAGAACGACGCCGCCGUCUGCGUCGGCCGCGCCGGCAAGAGCGGCCACGCCAUUCGUGCCAUUGGGCACCUCUCCAAGUACGACACCUGCACAUCCGCAAACUACGGCAAGCUCCGUUGGCUUCGCAAGACGCCGGCGUGCAGGGCCGCCAGGCCGCACGCGGGGGGGGAUCCGCGGCAUGACGAAGAUUCGCCCUGGAUGCGAAAAGCUGUGGACUUCCUGCCGUGCAAGGACAUGUACGGGAGCGAGGUCAAUUUCAUGGCAAAUUGGGAGGCGGCCGUGCAGAAGAUAGAGAAUAUCGCCACGAGCUAUUUCAUCAAGCUGUCUGGCGACUACGUCCACAAGCCGACGGGCCGAUUGGAUUGCCGCCAGGCCCACUGCCACAAGACCGACACGAACUCCAGGCAGCACGGGGAGCGGACCCUGGGGUCCUGCGUGCGGUCCUGCUCCGAACGCUUCCGCUGA